CGCAAGAGGGCCCGCAAGGCAUGCCUAUCGUGCCGCGCCCGUAAGGUCCGUUGCGACGUCUCCCAACGAGGGCGCCCCUGCACCAACUGUUAUCUCGACGACGAGCCUUGCGUCGUGACGGGCAGGGCUUCCAAAGACUGCUCGGGAAUCGCUGAAACGGUUGCCAACUUGGAGCCUGCUGGCCCGACCGACACUUCGCCGUGUGGUCUGCCUGCGGAUCCUCCAGUUCAGCCCGGGCCGGCAGUCUCGCGCUACACAUCUGCCCUCGAUGACCUACCAGCGUUUCUUCCCAAGCCCAGCCAUUCUUCAACAAGUCUCCAGAGCCACUGGCCCAUGGUGCCCAACGCCCCCGGGUCCCCGGAGCUAUCGUACUGCUGCUAUCCCUUUCUCACUCUUACAAACCUCCACCAAAUUCCCCAGCAAGAUGCCGCGUUUCUCGACACCCAGGGCUGCUUUAGAGUCCCUGUGCAGCCUCUCCUCGAUGAACUUGUCCAAGACUACUUCCUCCACAUCCAUCCUUUCCUACCGCUUAUCAACGAGGGCGAUUUCUGGGAACUAUACUACCACGACCCGCGCUACCCACCCGAAAGACCCAUGUCUCUGCUGUUAUUACAGGCAAUGCUCUUUGCUGCAUGUACCUUCAUCUCCGAGUCUGCAAGCCAGGCUCUUGGCUACCGGGAUAUCCGAUCCAUGCGAGCAACGUUUCUGCGAAGGGCAAAGCUCCUGUACGACAUGGAAUGCGAAUCGUCACCCCUGGUGGCUGCUCAGGCAUGUGUCCUUCUCUCCUUCACAUCUCUCUCGUCCUCGAGGAAGCCCAACACCCUGUGGCUGAGUCUCGCCAUUGAGAACGCAAUGCUUGCUGAGGCACAUCUCUAUCCAACCAUGAUCUCUCCCGCGCGCUUGAAGGAGAAAAACGUUCUCAAGAGGCUUUGGUGGUGCUGCAUCAUUAGAGACCGCUCCAUGAGCCUCUUAAUGAGGCUUCCAAUCCGCAUAACCAAGCAUCACUUUGAUUUCAACCUCGACCCCCUUACUUCUAAAGACUUGGAAGAUGAGCUCCAACGGUCAAAGGUGUACAACCCCACCACCAAGCUCAGGCUGGCCAAGAUACUCGCCCAGUCGGUCGAGCUGCACGCCACACUCACGAAUAUCUUACUGCUUGUGGUCCCACCGAAGGGGAUGCAGGUCCCGGACCUGGAGGAAACGGAUGAGAGCCACGUCAAACUGAAGACGUGUAAGGCAGCUCUCAGACGAUGGCAUACCUCAGUUGUCUCUGAGUCGCCAAAAGUCCGCGACCCCACCAAUGUAACAAGCUCACGUACUUCAUCCGCCAAUCACGAAUCCAUCAUCUUGUAUACGAAUCUCAUGUACAUGUACUACCACACCGCGCGCAUCGUCCUCUGCCACCACGAGGUGCUUCAGCUGGAUAUCUUACGGGCGAGCACUGGGCCCUCUCACUCCCUCCCCAACGAUUUGUCGACUAUCUUCGAGACGCGACGCGAAUUGCAAGAUGCGAACGCGGACAUCGCAGAGUGCCACAAAGAGCUGCUCCGCCUGGGGCUUGUUCAACGGUUGCCCAGUUCCGCCAUUGGUUUCAUUGUUCUGCCUCUUGUGCUUAAUAUCCUAGACGUCAAGCUCUCUCCACCACCAACCGCAGAGCCGGACCAAGCGCAUACCUCGGGGGCAACGCAGCAGCAACUCAACACCCUCAUCCAGUUUAUGAGGGUGUACUGGCCUCGAUAUGACGGUGUUGAGUGGGUCAGCGAGAUUAUCCGCCACAUCAUCAAGCUCGCCCAGUUGGACGAGCCCAGUGUCCGAAGGAGCAGUCUGAAUGUCAACUGGGCAGACAUGUUUGCUUUUCAGCCUAGAUCGUAUCUUCGUCUGGUCUUGUCCUUAGAUCUAAGCCUCAGCAAGGGCCGCUUGCCCCAGGACUGGGACUUCCCCAUCAAGCUCAGA